AUGACUGGAGAGCUGCAGCACCACUCUCUAUGUAUUCACGAUCUUUUGGGUGCUAUCCAUGAAGCUCAGGUUGUUGUUGACGAAAUGUAUACUUUUUGUUACAGCACUGAGCUUCAGAACAGAGACCGUGAGGCAGGAGUUGCCUCAGAUGUAGCCCUUUCGCUUGCAACGCUCUUACUCGUUGUUAUGUCCCCCAUAUUGAGUCUUUCAUCCUCACUAUCAUCAAACAUACUCACUGCGGUUGCGGCUCUUCUAUUAAAUUCCAUAUUGGCGGUACUUCCUGGCAAACACUAUCUGAUUGAGAAAGCCAAAGAAGGCCAAGAAGCGGAACAAGAAAUUAUGAAAGUGGAAGAAUGGGCAAUCGACAGGCUGAAUGGCUAUCAACGUGCUGCCCUUCGCACUAGUCAAUCACUACAACAAAAUAUCGCCGCUCUUGAACUCCAGGACAUAGAUGAUGCACAGGUUCUCCUGUUGGUUCAAGGUCGCCACCUGCAGGACGUAAUACAAACGCUAGUCGAGCGGAACACGCAGGAUAUUCAUGAAAGACGGGUUAAAUUCGAAAGAGCUGAGAGAAUAGCCACGCGGACUGAGGAGGUGACACACAAAAUUGAGGAUAAGACUAAGUUGGAGACAUACAUGGCGGUAAAAGCUGAGAUUAGGGCAGAGCAGGAGAACCAGGGUAGCAAAGACGAAAGUACCUGUCCCAAUGGGUGUACAAUACUUUAA